AUGUCUUCUCUGUCUAGGAAGCACGGAAUCGCCGGUGGUGGUGUGUUUUUCGCUCCGGAAGUAGAACCGGAAACGAAAUCGCUUGGAAUGCUCAAAAUCGUCUUGGAAUCACGACUCCAGAAAAAGGCGUUUGGAAGCGCGAUGGAAUCGUACGAUUCAGCGAUGGAAGCGUCGAUGGGUGUUUACUGGAAGCGUUACCGACAAUGGUGGCCGUAA